AUGCCUUCGUUCAAGUCUACCCUCGUUUCUGCUCUCGCUCUCGUUCCCGCACUGGUUGCGGGUGAGCUCUCCGGCUCCGUCGGCCCCCUCACUUCUGUCUCGGACAAGAAGGCCACCAAGACGUGCGAUGUCACCGACUACGGUGCCAAGGCCGACAAGACUACCGACCUGGGCGCUGCUCUGGCCUCUGCCCACGCUGACUGCAAGUCCGGUGGUCUCAUCGUCAUCCCCGAGGGCGACUAUGCCAUCUCGACGUGGGUGAAGCUGGCCGGUGGUUCGGCAUGGGCGCUCCAGAUUGACGGCACCAUCUACCGUACCGGCACCGAUGGCGGCAACAUGGUCUUCAUCGAGCACACCAGCGACGUCGAGGUCUUCUCCAGCACCGGCAAGGGUGCCUUCCAGGGCAACGGCUACGAGUUCCACAAGGAUGGCUCCAUCUCCGGCCCGCGUAUCCUGCGCUUCUAUGACACCACUGACUUCUCGGUGCACGAUCUCGCCCUGGUUGACUCGCCCUCCUUCCACUUCUCCAUUGACACGUGCAAGAACGGCGAGAUCUACAACCUCGCCAUCCGUGGCGGUGAUCACGGUGGUCUGGACGGCAUUGACGUGUGGAGCGACAACAUGUGGAUCCACGAUGUCAUGGUCACCAACAAGGACGAGUGCGUGACGGUCAAGUCGCCCGCGCACAACGUGCUGGUCGAGAACAUCUACUGCAACUGGUCGGGCGGCUGCGCCUUCGGCUCGCUGGCCGAGGACACUGACAUCUCGGACAUCACCUACCGCAACGUCUACACGGUCAACUCCAACCAGAUGAUGAUGAUCAAGUCGUACGGCGGCAGCGGCACCGUGUCCAACGUCGUCUUCGACAACUUCAUCGGCCGCGGCAACGCCUACUCGCUCGACAUCGACCAGUACUGGGCCUCCAUGUCCGAGGCGUCGGGCGACGGCGUGCAGCUCAACAACCUCACCUUCAGCAACUGGAAGGGCACCUGCGCCAACGGCGCCCAGCGCGGCCCCAUCAAGGUCGCCUGCGCCGACGGCGCCCCCUGCACCGACAUCACCAUCACCGACUUCGCCAUGUGGACCGAGUCGGGCGACAGCAUCUUCUACAGCUGCCGCUCCGGCUACGGCGACGGCGCCUGCCUCAAGUCGUCCGGCAGCGCCGCCUACGACGCCGUCACCACCACCAUCAACUCGGCCCCCUCCGGCUACACCGCCGCCAGCAUGCCCGACGACAUCGAGGACUCGCUCGGCUUCACCGUCGCCAUCGACAUCCCCUCGCUGCCCGCCUCCUACUUCCCCAACGUCGCCCCCAUCUCCCCGCUCAACGCUGCUGCCACUGCUGAGGCCGUUGCCGUCCAGGCCAAGGUCAGCACUUCUGCUGCUGCUUCUACCCCUGCCGCCACUACUCCUGCCGCCUCCACCCUCGUCACCUCCACCAAGGCCGUUGCUUCCGCUGCGCCUGCUACCUCUGCUACCUCUGCUCCCGCUGCUACUUCCUCGGCUGCCUCCGGCGGCAACGGUGGCUGGGGCAACUGGGGCGGCUUCGGCAACUGGGGUUCCUGGGGCAAGAACUAA